GAAAAAAAAACUGUUCCCAUGUUAUUUUGGGAAGAUUUUACUCCUGAAUGCAUAUUCUUCUCAGGCUACAUGUUGACUAAAUUAUUACUUUUUUAAUCAUUAGCACUUCAGUAGCAUGGUACAUGAACACCAGGAGGGAUAGCUUUUUCUUUGUAAUCAUUCCCAUACAACACCACAGAGUUCUAUCUGUACACAGGAAAAGCACUUGAAAGCUGAACUCUGUUUUAUAUUACAUACUUUAGUCCAUGUAUUUUGGAGAGAAUUUUCUCUCUAGUUGACCAGAAACUGGAAAGGUCUAUGAGAACGCUUGGUGGCGCUGCAGGUUAAGAAGACAGAAGACAGCAAUUCCCUCAGCAAUACAAUACCAUCGCCCCAGCCAGUUUCUAAUCCCCUGGAAGCAAAAGAUUAGCUUUCUUCAGCCAGAGCACAAGAGAAUGCGAGCCUUAAACAUUCUGUUUUAGCGUCUUGGUUCUGAUGUUCUGGACAGCAAGACAUUGCCUCCAAGAUCCAGCGCUCUGAGAAGCAAAUACUGAGGAAAGGACAAUGAAUAUCGAAUGGAUUCGAAAUCUGAGACAAAGGCAAGUCCUGGUUUUCUUUGUUUUGUUAAGUAUGACUGGGGCAGGCUCAGAGCUGGGUCCUUAUUUCAUAGAGGAAGAAGUGGAGAGGGGUUCCUUUGUGACACAUCUUGGGAAAGAUCUGGGGUUGGAAUUGGCAGAGCUAUCAACCCGUGGGGCCCAGGUUAUUUCCCAGGGAACUAAAGAGCAUUUACAGCUCAAGUUGCAAUCUGGAGAUUUACUAAUAAAUGAGAAAUUAGACAGAGAGGAGUUAUGUGGUUCUUCUGAUCCUUGUGUCCUGCAUUUCCAAGUGUUAAUGGAGAAACCUUUAGAGGUGUUUCAGGCUGAACUGAAUGUGAAAGACAUAAAUGACCAUUCCCCAGUGUUUGCUGAAAAAGAAAUCAUCCUAAAAAUACCAGAAAACACUCCUCUAGGAAAUGUGUUCCCCUUAAAUAAUGCUCUGGACUUGGACGUGGGGAUCAAUAAUGUUCAGAACUAUCAAAUCAGCUCAAACACCCACUUCCUCCUUCUAACCCGCGACCGCCUUGAUGGCAGGAAGUACCCAGAGCUGGUGCUGGACAAAGAGCUGGAUCGAGAGGUGGAGCCUGAACUAAGAUUAACUCUGACAGCCUGGGAUGGUGGCUCUCCUCCUCGGUCUGGGACCACCCAAGUCUGCAUCCAAGUGGUGGACAUCAAUGAUAACGCACCUCAGUUUCAACAGCAAAUGUACAAAGUGAAAAUUCCAGAGAACAGCCAGGUGGGCUCCCUUGUAGUCAGUGUCUCUGCUAGUGACACAGAUAGCGGAGAUUAUGGACAAGUCUUCUACACAUUCUUUCAGCCUUCGGAAGACAUUAGCAAAACAUUAGAAGUAGAUCCUAUGACAGGAGGAAUUCGUCUAAGAAAACAGGUGGAUUUUGAAAUGACCACAUCUUAUGAAGUGGACAUCAAGGCCACGGAUGGGGGAGGUCUUUCAGGAAAAUGCACUCUCUUCCUGCAAGUAGAAGACAUAAAUGAUAAUGCCCCGGAAGUGAUCUUGUCUGCAGUUAUCAGCCCAGUCCCAGAAAACUCCCCCGGCAUAGUAGUUGCUGUUUUCAGUGUUAGAGAUGCAGACUCUGGAGAAAAUGGGAAGAUGAUUUCCUCCAUCCAGGAAGACCUUCCAUUUCUUCUAAAAUCUUCCAGCAAGAACUUUCACACCAUAGUGACAGAGGGACCACUGGACAGAGAGAGCAGAGACGAGUACAACAUCACCAUCACCGUCUCAGACAUGGGCACACCCAGGCUGAAAACGGAGCACAACAUAACAGUGCAGGUGUCCGACGUGAACGACAACGCCCCAGCCUUCAGCCAAACCUCCUACACCCUGUUGGUCCCAGAGAACAACAGCCCCGGCCUGCACAUAGGCACAGUGAGCGCCACAGACACAGACUCAGGCACCAAUGCCCAGAUCACCUACUCGCUGCUGCCGCCCCAGGAAGGCGACCAAGACCCGCAGCUGGCCCUCGCCUCGCUGCUGUCCAUCCACGCGGACAGCGGGCAGCUGUUCGCCCUGCGCGCGCUGGACUACGAGGCGCUGCGGGCCUUCGAGUUCCGCGUGGGCGCCGCCGACCGAGGCUCGCCCGCGCUCAGCAGCCAGGCGCUGGUGCGCGUGCUGGUGCUGGACGCCAACGACCACGCGCCCUUCGUGCUCUACCCGCCGCACAACGCGUCGACGCCCUGCACUGAGCUGCUGCCCAGGGCGGCCGAGCCCGGCUACCUGCUCACCAAGGUGGUGGCGGUGGACGGCGACUCGGGCCGCAACGCCUGGCUGUCCUUCCAGCUGCUGCAGGCCAGCGAGCCCGGGCUGUUCAGCGUGUGGGCGCACAAUGGCGAGGUGCGCACCGCCAGGCUGCUGAGCGAGCGCGACGCGCCCAGGCACAGGCUGCUCGUGCUGGUCCAGGACAAUGGCGAGCCGCCGCUGUCGGCCAGCGUCACGCUGCACGUGCUGCUGGUGGACGGCUUCUCGCAGCCCUACUUGCCAGUGGCCGAGGGCGCGCGCGACCCGGCGCCGCCCGACGCGCUCACUGUCUACCUGGUCAUCGCCCUGGCGUCCGUGUCUUCGCUCUUCCUCUUCUCUGUGCUCGUGUUGGUGGCGGUCAGGUUGUGCAGGAGGAGCGGGGCGUCCUCGCUGGCUGGCUGCUCUCUGCCAGAGGGCCACUUUCCUGGACACCUGGUGGACGUCAGCGGGGCGGGGACGCUGUCUCACAGCUACCAGUAUGAGGUGUGUCUGAUGGGAGGUUCUACUAGUACUAAUGAGUCCAAGUUCUUGAAACCUAUUGUUCCUAACCUCUUGCCCCAAUGCUCUGGGAAAGAAAUAGAGGGAAAUUCUACCCUACAGAAUAGUUUUGGAUUUAAUUAUUGAUAGAAAUCUACUUAAUUAAAAAAUGUUCACUUCCUAGCAUUUACUUGUUAACUAGUUAACUUACAUGUGAUCAUUACUAUCAAUAGUUAGGUGCCAUUCAAUUUUCUGCUUUAUUCGUCAGUUUCCAGCUUUAUCCUUAACUUCUUUCAAUUUUCCCAGAGAUUUUUUUUCAUAAGAUCCAGUAACGAAAUUUUUUCUUUUUUUUCUUUUGAGGCGAGCCCCACAGACUGGCCUUUUUUUAUGUGAGAGAGUGAGAGUGAAAGCAAGAGCAAGAGAGAGAGAGAAUUGGUGGGUCAGGGACUCCAGGCACUACAAUGCAUGUUCCACCUGAUGCACAUGUGCAACCUUUUACGUUUGAGUCACUUUGUGCAUCUGGCUUAUGUGGAACCUGGACAAUCGAACAUUGGUCCUUAGGCUUAGCAGGCAAGUGCCUUCACCAUUAAGCCAUCUCUCCAACUUAUGAAAAAAGUUUUAACUACAAAAUUUAUGGUGAAAUUGUUACUCCACUUUGUCUUACUGAAUUUAUAUUAUCUCUAUUUUUUAUUUUAGUGUUAGUUCCUAUAAUGUUUAAAUUAUUAAUAUAAUCUGCUGCAUGUGAUAUACAUAUGUAGUAUUUGAUUUUUCUUUUUCUUCCUUUGCUAUUGUUCUUGUUAGUCACUGUUUUUCUUUUCUUUUCUUUUCUUUUCUUUUUUCGAGUUAUAGUUUCACUCUAGUACAGGCUGACCUAGAAUUCACUAUGUAUUCUCAGAGUGGCCUCCAACUCAUGAUGAUCCUCCUACCUCUGCCUCCUGAGUGCUGGAAUUAAAGGCAUGCACCACCACACGUGGAUUUGUUUGUCACUCUUGAUUGUCACUAUUACAGUUUGUCUUCCACUGUGUUACCUUUAAAGUUCCCUUUUCUCUGUUCAUACAUCUUUACCUAAAAUAUAUUCUGUCAUAAGUGAUUUAAGUAUCUAAUCAGUUUUACCUGACAACAAAUUUGAGUGUAUGUGAAAGUGCUUAAAUUUAUAAACAUAAAAGCAAACUUUAUAUACCCUAUAGUAUU